GCUGGGGGUGUCCAAGGGCUGUUAACGUCGCUGCCAUGGGCAAAAGAGACCGGGCGGACCGCGGUGAGAGGAGGCACGGGCGCGACAAGAAGAAGUCCAAGAAGCGGCACUAUGAGGAUGAAGAGGAAGAUGAAGACGACACCCCUGGAAACGACUCUCAGGAGGCAGUCCCCUCGGCGGCCGGGAAGCAGGUGGAUGAGGCCGGGACCAAAGUGGAUGAAUACGGAGCCAAGGACUAUAGGCUGCAGAUGCCACUGAAGGAUGACCACACCUCCAGACCCCUCUGGGUGGCUCCUGAUGGCCACAUCUUCUUGGAAGCUUUCUCUCCAGUUUACAAAUAUGCCCAAGACUUCCUGGUGGCUAUUGCAGAGCCCGUGUGCCGACCAACCCAUGUACAUGAAUACAAGCUAACUGCCUACUCCCUGUAUGCAGCUGUCAGUGUUGGGCUGCAAACCAGUGACAUCACUGAGUACCUCAGGAAGCUCAGCAAGACUGGAGUCCCUGAUGGAAUUAUUCAGUUUAUUAAGUUGUGUACUGUCAGCUAUGGGAAAGUCAAGCUGGUCCUAAAACACAACAGGUACUUUGUUGAAAGCUCCCACCCCGAUGUCAUCCAGCAUCUUCUCCAAGAUCCAGUGAUCCGCGAAUGCCGCCUGAGGAAUGCUGAGGGGGAGGCCACUGAACUCAUCACAGAGACUUUCACAAGCAAAUCUGCCAUUUCUAAGAUGGCAGAUAGUGGCAGUGGGCCUUCUACUUCCCGGGUGACAGAUCCACAGGGUAAAUCUGACAUCCCUACGGACUUGUUUGACUUUUAUGAGCAAAUGGACAAGGAUGAAGAAGAAGAAGAAGAGACACAGACAGUAUCCUUUGAAGUCAAACAGGAAAUGAUUGAGGAGCUCCAGAAACGUUGUAUACACCUGGAGUACCCUCUGUUAGCAGAAUAUGACUUCCGGAAUGAUUCUGUCAACCCUGAUAUAAACAUUGACCUGAAACCCACAGCUGUCCUCAGGCCCUAUCAGGAGAAGAGCCUGCGGAAGAUGUUUGGGAAUGGACGUGCACGAUCGGGAGUCAUUGUUCUUCCUUGCGGUGCUGGGAAGUCCCUGGUUGGUGUGACUGCUGCGUGCACUGUCAGAAAGCGCUGUCUGGUGCUGGGCAACUCUGCUGUGUCUGUGGAGCAGUGGAAAGCCCAGUUCAAGAUGUGGUCCACCAUUGAUGACAGCCAGAUCUGCCGCUUCACCUCUGAUGCCAAGGACAAGCCCAUAGGCUGCUCCAUUGCCAUUAGCACGUACUCCAUGCUGGGCCACACUACCAAGAGGUCCUGGGAGGCUGAGCGAGUCAUGGAGUGGCUUAAAACACAGGAAUGGGGCCUCAUGAUCCUGGAUGAAGUGCACACUAUUCCAGCUAAGAUGUUCCGAAGGGUGCUCACCAUCGUGCAGGCCCACUGUAAGCUGGGUUUGACUGCAACCCUUGUCCGGGAAGAUGACAAAAUUGUGGACUUAAAUUUUCUGAUUGGGCCCAAGCUCUAUGAAGCCAACUGGAUGGAGCUGCAGAACAAUGGCUACAUCGCCAAAGUCCAGUGUGCUGAGGUUUGGUGCCCAAUGUCUCCUGAGUUUUACCGGGAAUAUGUGGCAAUCAAAACUAAGAAACGAAUCUUGCUGUACACCAUGAACCCCAACAAGUUCAGAGCUUGCCAGUUUCUGAUCAAGUUUCAUGAAAGGAGGAACGACAAGAUUAUUGUCUUUGCUGACAACGUGUUUGCCUUGAAGGAAUAUGCCAUUCGACUGAACAAACCCUAUAUCUAUGGGCCUACAUCCCAGGGAGAAAGGAUGCAAAUUCUUCAGAAUUUCAAGCACAACCCCAAAAUCAACACCAUCUUUAUAUCCAAGGUAGGUGACACAUCAUUUGAUCUUCCAGAAGCCAAUGUCCUCAUUCAGAUCUCAUCCCAUGGUGGCUCCAGGCGGCAGGAGGCCCAGAGGCUAGGACGGGUGCUUCGAGCCAAAAAAGGGAUGGUUGCAGAGGAGUACAAUGCCUUCUUCUACUCACUGGUAUCCCAGGACACACAAGAAAUGGCUUACUCUACCAAGCGACAGAGAUUCUUGGUAGAUCAAGGUUAUAGUUUUAAGGUGAUCACAAAGCUUGCUGGCAUGGAGGAAGAAGAGUUGGCAUUUUCCACAAAGGAGGAGCAACAGCAGCUCCUACAGAAAGUCCUGGCGGCCACUGACCUGGAUGCGGAGGAGGAGGUAGUGGCAGGAGAGUUUGGCUCCAAGUCCAGCCAGGCAUCCCGGCGCUUUGGCACCAUGAGCUCUAUGUCCGGGGCUGAUGACACCGUGUACAUGGAGUACCACUCAUCCCGAAGCAAAGCUUCCACUAAGCACGUGCACCCGCUUUUCAAGCGCUUUCGGAAAUGAUACCUACCCAGGUUACUUGGUUGAAGACUGGGUGCUUGGUCCCAGCUUUGGAAAGGGAUUUUUCAGUGUAACAUCUUCUCUCCAUGUCUAUGUACUUUACUGUAGCACCAGCCAAACUGAUCUAAACUCAGUAUCUGCUAACCAUAUUGAAGAAAAUCAACACAGAGGUUUGGUUCUGCCUUCAUGUGACACCCAGGUUUUAAAAAAGAAAGCAAGAUUAUUUUUUGAUUAUUUUUUUUUUUUUUCCCCCAAACUUGUUUGGGAGUGGGUCAUUCCUGUAUAUAAAAAUUUGUACUGGGGGCUGGGGUUGUGGCUCAGUGGUAGAGUACUCGCCUCACACGUGAGAGGCCC